AUGGGGAAGAAGUCCCGGGCCGUCCCUGGCCGUAGGCCCAUCCUGCAGCUCUCCCCGCCGGGUCCCCGGAGCAGUACUCCUGGGCGAGAUCCCGAUCCCGAUCCCGACCCCGAGCCGGACUCGACGGCUGCGGCCCCUAGUCAGCCAGCCCCGGCGGCAACGGCUGUGGCGACGGCCGCGGCGCUGGCUGCCGCAGCCCCUGUCCCGGAAGACUCGCCUGCGGAAGAUGAGCAGGAAGUGGUGGCAGAGGUUCCUAGAAUUGUUCAGAAUCUUCCAAAACCAGUCAUGACUACCAGACCCACAGCUGUGAAGGCAACAGGAGGUCUUUGCUUGCUUGGUGCAUAUGCUGACAGUGAUGAUGAUGAGAGUGAUGCUUCGGAAAAACCGGCACAAUUGAAAGAGGCGAAUGGAAACCAGUCGGCUGAUAUUGACAGUACAUUGGCCAACUUCCUUGCGGAGAUUGAUGCCAUAACAGCUCCUCAGCCUGCAGCUCCUGUAGGCGCUUCUGUUCCACCUCCAACUCCACCUCGUCCAGAACCCAAAGAAUCAUCAACAUCGGCCCUUUCGUCCACUGUUUCAAAUGGAGCACACUCAACCCAGAUAUCAGGGUGGCACUAUGACACGCAGUGUUCCUUGGCAGGAGUUGGAAUUGAGAUGGGAGAUUGGCAAGAAGUCUGGGAUGAGAACACAGGGUGCUAUUAUUAUUGGAACACACAAACAAACGAAGUGACUUGGGAGUUACCCCAAUAUCUUGCUACACAGGUGCAGGGGUUACAACAUUAUCAGCCCAGUUCUGUAGCAGGUGCUGAAGCUAGUUUUGUGGGAAAUACAGAUGUGGUUACUAAGGAAAAGACGGUUUCUAUUUCCAGUAAUAAAACUGGACCAGUCAUAGCCAAGCGAGAGGUUAAAAAGGAAGUAAAUGAAGGAAUUCAAGCGCUUUCCAAUAGUGAGGAAGAGAAGAAAGGGGUGGCAGCCUCCCUGCUUGCCCCUUUAUUACCUGAGGGAAUAAAGGAAGAAGAAGAAAGAUGGAGAAGAAAAGUAAUAUGUAAAGAAGUAGAGCCUGUUUCAGAUGUGAAGGAAGCAAGUACAACAGAAGAAGAAGUAGCAACAGUAGUAAAGCCACAGGAAAUUCUAAUGGACAAUUUAGAAGACCCUUCUCAAGAGGAUCUUUGUAGUGUUGUUCAGUCUGGAGAAAGUGAGGAGGAAGAAGAACAAGAUACUCUUGAAUUGGAGCUGGUUUUAGAAAGGAAAAAAGCAGAGCUGCGAGCCUUGGAGGAAGGAGAUGGUAGUGUGUCAGGGUCUAGCCCAUGUUCUGAUAUCAGCCAGCCAGCGUCACAAGAUGGAAUGCGUAGACUUAUGUCUAAAAGAGGAAAGUGGAAGUUGUUUGUUCGAGCUGCCAGUACAGAAUCCACCAGCCGAAGUUCUAGCAAAACUGGACAAGAUACUCCAGAAAAUGGAGAAAUUGCAAUUGGUGCUGAAAGUUCAGAAAAAAUUGAAGAGAAUUCAGACAAAGAGAUGGAAGUUGAAGAAUCUCCAGAGAAAAUAAAACUACAAACAGCACCUAAAGUAGAAGAAGAACAGGAUUUAAAAUUUCAGAUUGGCGAACUGGCAAAUACCCUGACCAGUAAAUUUGAAUUCCUAGGCAUUAAUAGACAAUCCAUCUCCAACUUUCAUUUGCUGCUCUUACAGACUGAGACUCGGAUUGCGGACUGGCGGGAAGGGGCUCUUAAUGGAAGCUACCUUAAACGAAAACUUCAGGAUGCAGCAGAACAACUAAAACAGUAUGAAAUAAACGCCACUCCUAAAGGCUGGUCCUGCCACUGGGACAGGGAUCAUAGACGAUAUUUCUAUGUAAACGAACAGUCGGGCGAGUCUCAGUGGGAGUUCCCAGAUGGUGAGGAGGAAGAGGAAGAAAGCCAAGCACAAGAAAGUAGAGACGAAACUCUUCCUAAGAUUUUGAAAGACAAAACUGGCACUGAUUCAAAUUCUGCAGAAUCCUCCGAGAAUUCCACAGGUUCUCUUUGUAAAGACUCCUUUUCUGGCCAAGUUUCUUCUUCGUCACUCAUGCCACUUACUCCAUUCUGGACCCUUCUUCAGUCAAAUGUGCCUGUGCUUCAACCUCCAUUACCCUUGGAAAUGCCACCACCACCACCUCCUCCUCCUCCUGUAGAAGACAGUGAGAUACAGGAGGUAGAGAUGGAAGAUGAGGGGAGCGAGGAGCCUCCUGCCCCCGGAACAGAGGAGGAUACUCUUCUGAAGCCUUCUACUCCAACUCCGGCAGUAACCACACAGAGUUCUGUUGAUUCUAGCACUUCUAGCUCGCCUUCCGCUAAAGCAGUGAAGAGAAAAGCUGCAGAAAUGAGUACUGCAGUAGUUCAGAGGUCAGCUACCAUUGGCAGCUCUCCUGUCCUCUACAGCCAGUCAGCAGUAGCUAGAGGUCAGCAGACAACAGGGAUCAGUAACCAGACUGCAGGGAUUGGACACACGACUAUAACAGUUAGCCAUCCAGCAGCAGGGAUGGGUCAGCAGGCCAGAGGAAUCAGCCUGCAGUCGAAUUACCUUGGACUUGCAACAGCAUCUGCAAUUAUGAGCUAUGCUGAGUGUUCUGUUCCAAUUGGAAUGACUGCUCCUACACUGCAGCCAGUCCAAGCCCGCAGUGCUGUACCUACCACGGCCAUUCUAGAACCUCCUCCCCCUCCUCCUCCCCCUCCACCACCGCCACCACCAGCUCCCAAAAUGCCACCAUCUGAGAAGACCAAAAAAGGAAAAAAAGAUAAGGCAAAGAAGAGUAAAACCAAAAUGCCAUCUCUGGUAAAGAAGUGGCAGAGUAUCCAGCGUGAGUUAGAUGAAGAGGAGAACUCGAGUUCCAGUGAGGAAGACCGGGAAUCAACUGCACAGAAGCGAAUUGAAGAAUGGAAACAGCAGCAAUUAGUCAGUGGCAUGGCAGAAAGAAAUGCUAAUUUUGAAGCCCUUCCUGAGGAUUGGCGAGCAAGACUGAAGAGAAGGAAAAUGACCCCAAACACAUAA